UAUGUUUUGAUUUGUGUUCACAUAAUCAGUUGUUCAUUCGUUUUAGUUUAGUUCAAUAUCAGCACGAGAGUAUCACAUUAAUAUUUUCGUUUUCAAUGCGAAAAUGGAUAAUUCAAAAUUAGAUGAAUCGUUAAGUGAUAUGGAAUGUGGUAGAGAAACAAGCAAUUACUUUUUAGUACGUCAAAACUUCGAAAUUAUUACUGAUAACCAAUCACAAAUUAAUAAUGCAUGCGAUAAGGCACAGAAUGACCAAUAUCCUCAGAUGAACUUUCAGGUUGAAAACGAGUUUCGCAAGAAUAUCAAGCUCUUACAGAACCUUUCCACAUCAAAAGGAAUACACAGAAAACCCGCGCUUACCUCGUUGAGUGCAAAACCUCAUAUAAUUGAUGCCGACACCGUUCAAAUUGUCAAUGUGAUUCCAACAAUAAAAAGUUCGAAUGAAACCAGUCUGACUGGUUGCAAGACACCAAAUGAAUCAAAGAAGAGCGAAUCAAUUCGAAAGCAAACCACUGAAGUUAAUUACGGACUUCCUAAAUUUACUCGGGUCAAAACACUGCAGCAAAAAAUCAGGGCUCGAGAAAAAAAACGAAGAUACAAUGAGAGGAAGAAACUGCGAAAAUGUAUUGAAAACUUGGAAAUUACAUUUGGCGAAAUUGAAUUAAAAGGAUCAAAACGUUAAUUCAAUUUAUUUUAUAUAUCAAAUAGAUAGCUUAUACGAAUACUAUUUUUAGCUCAAUAUGCUAGUUAAAUCAUUUUUAAAUACUGUAGUAUUGUAUUUAUUUUUUUUACACGAUUUUAUUUAAUAAACAAACAUUUGUUUA